UGUUAUUCUUGUUUUCAGAUUAUAAUCUAAUUAAAAAAUGCCUGCGGGAAAGCCUGAUACAACGGUAAAACGCGAGACAUUUCGACCACCUUGGGUUAAAGAUGGUCCUGAUGGACUACCACCAAAACCCAGCAAUCUAUGGAGCAAAUCGAGGGAUGGUGAUUCACCAGGUCCCAAAAAGACGACCAACACACAAAAAACGCAGAACAACAAACCGAUUGAAAAUGGUACAAAAAAAGAACAACACACUUUCGUAAAACCACAGUUAAAGCCGGUGCCCCCAAAGGAGCCCACCAAAUUACAGUCUAAAGAAGUUAAAGUACCCAUAAAACUGAACAGCGUGGCUGAUCGGCCCAUUAACCCCCCGAUCGAACCCAAACGACGGGGGUCAUCAAAAGAUGAAUCCGACGCUAUCAUCGACAAGGCCAUGCCUGUAAAACGAAACGACCUAGUUCGCGCGGACAGCCUGAAAAAAAUGACUCCCAAGGCACCCCCAAUGCCCCCACCGGUCCCGAAAGCACCUAGGCCUCCGGAUGCACCACCUCUUACAGAAAAGAAACAACAUGUCUUGGAACACCUCAGAUCGAGACCGAAACAGAGGCCGGACUGGACCGGGCUCCUAAAGGACAUAGAAUCAGGAAGAAAGCUAAAACAUGUCGUCUGUAAUGAUAGGUCGAAGCCUCUUUUGCCAAACGCAAAGGCCAAAGAGGGCACCAAAGAAGGACACUUCGUUUACGAAACGGAAAAACAAACCGCUCACAACGACCUACUCAAAGAAAUUCAAAAAGGUGUAUCCUUAAAGAAGGUAAAAACAAAUGACAGAAGUAAACCAAUCUUGGAAGGGCUUAGAAAGUUCCGAAGGCAGAUGACAAUCGAAGAACAAAUCCAGAAAUCACAAUCCAUGGCCAGUAUACCACCAGAAGAAAUAGAACCUGAUGAAGUAGAUGAAUUAGACGACAUCGAUAAAGUUAGAGACGAUCUUCAAAGUACAAAACAGUUGCUAGCAAUAGAAUUACGAAAUAAAGAAGCCCUAGCACGAGAAAAUAAAAAACUGCAAACCAAGAUACUUCAAUUAGAAGCUGAACUUGAAAAAGAAAGGAAUAAAAAACAAACUCAAGCACCAAGCACAGUAGCCGAUGAGAAGUUGAUGAAGACGCUUAAAUCGGAGGCAGAAGAAGCUAGAAAGACUGCUGAAGAGUUAGAAAAGAAAUUCCACACUGCCGCUAAUCAACUGGACAACACGAGAUCAGAACUGGAGGAAUUACGAAGACAGAAGAUGAUGUUAGAAAAGAAAUUACAAGAUGGUAAGAGAAUGUCGGUAUGUGAAAGAAAGCCAAGCGUAAAAGAAGAAAGUUCAGAAGAAGAGGAAGAAAGCGAGAGCGAGGAUGAUGGCGAAAUGACCCCAGAAAAAGUAGAAAAGAAAGCACAGAAAGAAGUAAAACAACUAAAAAACAAACUGCUGAAGUUCAAAAACAAAGAAGACAAUGCAAAGAAAGAACGAGUUGCGCUAAAAACGCAAAUGAAAACAUUACAAGCUGCCAUGAGAGACGAAAAGAAAAAGUACAAAGGCUUGAAGAAAGAGGUUGAUAAAAUGGCAGCUCUAAUGAAAGAAACGAGUGAAGAUGAAGAUGAAGAAGAACCCGAGGAAGAAGAAGAAACGGAAACAGAAACCGAAACAGAAAGUGAAUCUGAAUCCAGCGGAUCUGAAAGUGAGUCCGAACUCAGUGUAAGCGAAGCUGAAGAUGCGCCUGUUGAGAAGAAGAAACAAAAUCUGUCGACAAGAACCAACAAGCACGAGAAUAGAUUAGCAGCCCUAAAGAAGGGCAACUACAUGCUCAAAACGAAUGUUGAAAGGCUGCAAGAUGAUAUGAAUAAGCAAAAGGACAUGACGAUGGAAUUACAACAAGAGUUAGACUCGGUCUUGGCAGAUUUAGGUUGAUUUUUUGUUGUUGUGAUCGCCGUAUUUAACUUUUUUAUACACAAUUUAAAUGGUUUGUAUUUAAUGGAACACUACGUACUUGUAUGUUCCUCGGAUAUAGUAUUAAAACUUAAGUUCUUGCGAUAAUAAAAUAUACAACAAGAAAUAUUCAUUACUGUAAACUUCUUAGUAAUAUUCUGUAACAUUAAAGGAAGCAAUUUCACAUACAAUGUAAAGAUUACCUACUUUACAAUGAUAGCAUUUUCAUAUUACCUUCUGUGUGAGAUAACAAUAAAAGAUGUGAUAUUUUA